AUGGCUCCCAUCUUCAGCAAGUUUGCUGACGACGAGUUCGCCCCCAAGACACCCCAAUCUGCGACUGCACAUGAUCAAGACCUAACCACAAAGAAACAUGCCACAACUGAAGGCCGAGUGCCAGAGCUGCUUAACCCUCAGGCAAUUAAAACCGAGAUGGAGGAGCCCGAAGCAAGCAGAUCCAUAAAGGUGCAUCACUACCUGAGUUCGCCCGGAUCACAGGAUUGGACCAAUGAACAGGUUGGGCUCACUAUGGGCAAUGGCCAAAUGAGGCUGAACAUCCACGAGUGGCGGUCCGCUUCCCCGACAAUCUUUGUGGAAAACAACCCUAAGGGUAAUCCCAAGUGUGACCUUGAAGUGUUCACCACAGAAUCCGACGUCAUAUGCGUUGAAUUUAAGAUGCCCACAGAUUACCCAGAUGGCAUGCUGGGGAUCAUAAGAUCGAUUGACGCAAUCUUUGUGACUCCAAAGAAUAUUGCCAUGAGUGACAUCGAGCCUGGUUCCGCACCGGCUUAUCGAGAGUCGAAGAACCCAAAGAGGGACAAUUAUUACAUCAAAUGGACAGCCCCAUGGGAGACAUCUGGCUGCCGAGUAAGCUGGAUGAAGGCGGAAGAAAUGUCACCGAUCCUGAAGUUCAAAUUUGUGAACAGCAGGAAUGCGACCCCUGCAGAGCAGAUGAUGGUCACAGUUGAUGAGCGUGACGAGUUUUAUCAGAAGAUCUCUAACAAAGACCCUAACAUUUACGGCAAAUGGAUGGCACUUCCGGUCCGGAUUUGGCUGCACAUUCAACGACUGAUGUCCAAGACUGGCGACAUAGACAACAAACUGUUUGGAAAGUUGCCUGUCAAUGAGAAUUACCCUUUAUUUACCAGACGAAAGAAUAAAGGCAAGAAAAUAUCAAAGAAAUUGCCAAAGAGAGGCCGGGAAUCUUCCACAGCCGAAGAAGGAAGCUCAGAGGACGGAAAGUUAAAUGCCUCGGUUGUGCCAAGUCCUGAGCCGCCAAUGUUAGAACAAAAAGACAAGAUGGAAACAGUGGGAAGUCAAGAGUUGAUCGAGGGGGAGUCGACCGAUGAAGUGUUGACCCAGAAAGAGCUAAUCAAAAAGGUUCUUACUCUCACAAUUGAUACCCAGGAGAGCAACAGAAAGUUGAAGGUGGGUAAACGCACGCCUGGUUCGUUUGGUGCAUCUGGUGCAUCUGUUGCGUCUUUUAUAUCAGGCUCCGACAUAGGAAAGAAGGAUGCAGACCAGCUCACAGACCGCAGUGACGACCAGGGUGGUGACUUACUUCUGGGAGUGCAGGACAUCGCUCGAAAGGAUGUCCUGACUGAGCAGCAGCUUGCGGCAGUUGCUGGCCAACAAGCAGUCAAUGCCUCCCGGUUCAAUAUUACCCCAGGUGACUUGACUACCCCAUUGUCUCCAUCAUUCGAGACAGCCCGAUCCCACCUCUCCCCCCACACUCCCCUCCCCUCAUCCUCACUUUCGUCUUUCUUCACACCUACCAGCACCCCACGGAAAUAUGAGGAUAAUUGGGGAGAGGAAGUGAAAGCGGAAGGAAAUGAGCCGGCAGAGAUUUCGGAUCAGCUGGGCCUUACUCCGCGGGGGGAUGAGGCUGGGCUUCGGUGCCCUGUCUCAAACAACGGGGGCAAGCUGUGGUUUUCUGACCAGGAAGAGUACAUUGGUGGCCACAAGGCGCAGGAGCUAGUCUUGCGCCGAAGAAAGUCUUUCGAUAUGGCUAGUCUAGGGCUCUUCAAAGGCCAGAGAACCACUUCCUUGUCCCCAAAGGCCAACCCUCUAUUGUCCUUCUGUGCCUCUUCUGACUCGUCUACCACAGACUCGACUGGGUUUGGGGCAGAUGACCCCGGUUCAGAUUGCACUGUCCAGCCAGGCGACCAAUAUUCAGUCGAGUCUAGCAAACGUGUCGAGAAGAGUGCAUACAAGAAGAGGAGGAUCGAAAAACGGAAGCGCAGGAUGCUGCAGAAGCGUCAGCAAGUCCGCGAUGCGAAAAUCGAGCGCCCCGUUUCCGAUUCUUCCUCCCAGGACGAUGGAGUGGAAGGUCAUUCUCCGUCUCCACCCGAAGCGUCUGAGGAUGAAGAACGAACUCCCACAGCCAAGCAGUUCGACAAGAUCGGGUCUCCAUCCCCUGAAACACAGUUGGACUUGAGCAGAGUCGCCUUUCUUUGCGAGAAGCUGGGCUGCCAAGUUCUCUGUGGCUUCAGGGAUGGAGUCUCCGUUGUUUGCCCCAAGUGCGGACCGUUUUCCGUGGUCCGCUACUGCGGCAAGGAACACCUGUGGGAGGAUGUCAAGAUGCACUGGCUGGUUUGCGGGACUCAACCAGUUCAGGAGCAGCACUUGGCAAGUUUGAUUCCGUACGACGUUCUCGUGGGUCCACCAAUGCUUCCCAGCCUUCACCAGUGGGACAACCCUGAGCGCCAUCGUCAGGCGGUGUGGUUCAGUUCCGCCCGCGACCAAGGUGACUACUUUGUGUUCGCGGAGUGGGACGACCUGGUGAAGGCUGUGGACGCUCCAGCCAGUCACGUAGAGCUGCGAUGUUCACCUCGAAUCGCACACAUCGUGCGAUUCGAGGACGCCGAAGAGAAGGACCGGUUCCGCCGGUGCCUUGCUGUCUGUCUCUUCGCGGCGGUUGAACAUCCAGCCCUCGUGGACUAUCUUUACCGGCUUGUCCGGGACUGGAUGCGGGCCCACGGCAUGUGGGCCAGUGACAAGGACAUGGACGGCAUGCUGCAGUACCAGAUGGGACUCGAGAUGGGAUACACCAUCGAUAAGAGCCGUCUUGGUUUGCGGCAUGCCUGUGAGACGGAGUGGGUCGGGGCCAGCCGACGCCACUGCGAGAAUCUAACCUGCGCGAGCGAGCGUCGCCCCACGUUGCUCGGUAACCAGUGUAUGGGGUUGGGCUUCCGGAGAGUGUGCGAGUACCUGGAAUCCAACUAUUGGAUUCUCAGGGCGCACCGAACCACCCAUCCUUCGGUGAGCGACGUGGUGGCUCGCACGUGCGGCGGAGGAUUCUCGGAGGUCCUUUCAAUGGACCGGCGGAGUUUCCACCGUGGCGAAGGCUGGGACGGGGCGGGAACGGGCCCCAUGGAGGUUGAGAUGCCAUGA